GUUUAUGACAAAAAAAUGCUGGUGAGGUUAUGCAAUAGUUUGACCAAAACUAGUGGAUAAUCAGAAGACAAAAACCAGACUAAUCCCUCUUGAAAACCUGUGAUGAUUCUCCAAAGACUUCUUCCUAUUACAAAUUAUUGUUCUUCUCAAUCUUUCUUAUCAAAUUGCUUCUCUGAGAUUUUCUGAAUCUGUUCUGCUCACUCAUGUAGAAGCCAGAUUCUACUUGGUUUAAUUUAUGAGCCCAGUUCGGUGGAAGAACAGAUACUGAGAAGCUUAAUUCGAGGUAAGAGGAAAACCCAGUUCAUUUUCAGAUGAAGAAUUUCUUUUGAUGCUUAUUAAGUCUGCAAACUUGAAUCCUUCCUAAGGAAGAGUCUAAAAGAUUAGUUCACUGUGGAAGGAGACAAGAGAGGAUUUGGAGUUUAAAAUUGAAAACCAAUUUGGUUUCCGAGGAUUGGUGAAUGGAUAAUUCUGUGUCUCCACCACGACAGGGUUGCUGCUUUUGCUAUUCUUCUUCAAAGAAGCUGGCUACAAAGAAAGCUAAGAAUAGUGGAGUUGCUGAACUUGAUAUAGAUGGGAGAGAUUGGGGAAAGAACGACGAGAUUCUAUCAGAUAUGAGUACAUUUUCGCUGAAAGAACAACAAAAGAAGCUUAAGAAGGCAUUGAAAGAAGAGGAAAAAGUUACUAGGGAGGCUGAGAAAGUGGUGGAUUGGGUGAAGCAAGCAUCGGCAAGGAUCGAUAUUUCUGCAAUUGAAGAAAUUCUAAGUGAGAAUGAAAAAUCAAAGUAGCACUUGCAGUUAGACCUCUUAUUUAAAGCUAAAUUGAUGUUUGAUAUGUUUUCUGCUGUAGCACAACUAUCAUCCAGGUUUACAAACAAGUUGCUUCUUUCAUACCACUCUAAUAUUCUCCUUUUACUUGGUUUGCC